AUGGACAUAGAAGACACGGGCUUGGAUAUUUCUGUUGAUAUCUUUCUGUCUCAUUCUGUUAAUAUCUCUCUAUCUCUCUCAGUCUGUUCAUAUCCCUCUAUCUCUCUCAGUCUGUUCAUAUCCCUCUAUCUCUCUCAUUCUGUUUAUAUCCCUCUCUCUCUCUCUCUCUAUCUCAGUCUGUUCAUAUCUCUCUCUCUAUCAAUGUUCAUAUAUCUCUCUCUUUCACAGUCUGUUCAUAUCUCUCUCUUUCACAGUCUGUUCAUAUCUCUCUCUUUCACAGUCUGUUCAUAUCUCUCUUUCUAUCACAGUCUGUUCAUAUCUCUCUAUCUCUGUUCAUAUCUCUCUGUCUCAUUCUGUUCAUAUCCCUCUAUCUCUCUCAGUCUAUUCAUAUCCCUCUAUCUCUCUCAGUCUGUUCAUAUCUAUCUAUCUAUCUAUCUAUCUAUCUAUCUAUCUCUGUUCAUAUCUAUCUCUCUCUCUGUUUAUCUUAAGGAAGAUGUUGUCAAAGAAAACAGUGACCCAGUGGAUGUUGACAUUGAUGUCGUCUGCACUGAUGACAUGUGUUACCCAGAUGAUGUCCAGAACGGAACCUGUGAUGAUCUGCCUGUCAGGCUUCUCAGUGCCUUCAAGAGAGAUGCAGCAGAGGCAGCCCAGGCUGUUACAUCAAAAAGAAAAUUUGAAGGGAACUCCACUGCUAUGGAUUCUUAUUCAGCAUCUUAUACUAUACCGUCUUCAUCAUCUGUAGCAAUUUCUACUGAAUGUCAGAUAGUCUCAACUUCACAACUGACAGUCCCUGCUACACAUCAGGUAGCCUCUAAUGAAUGCCAGAAAAUUCCCACUGCACACCAAGCAGACUCCGCUGCAUCUGCUGUCUUUGCUGUGGAUAAUGACUCCAUUUCCUCUGCUGCUACUACUGCAACUGUGCCAAAAACUACUACAGCCUCAACUGCAACUUUUAAUCCCACCUGGUCAUGUCUGUCUCAACAUUUACCAACAGCUCCCCGGAAAGAUUUGUUCACAAAUAUAACUGGAGGAGCUAUGAUAAACGAGCUUGUCAUAAGCAACAGCAUUCCGUUAGAAGACGAGUGGAGCUGUGUGGAGACUGAACUGAUUGUUCCUGGUGAAGAGCAAACAAGUCAUCUAUAUACUACGCAAGAAACAGCCAUUUUGAAAUCAGAACCUGUCAUCAGUUUUGAUGAAGCAUUAACAUAUUUCAAAUCUGCUGAUAUGUCUGAUGUAAAGCCCAAAAUUCAGCAGACGGUUGAAAGACAUGGUAUAUCAGCUUGGACUCACUUUUUCUUUGGGCCACCAAAACUUCGGAACAAUCUUUUACCAUCCAAAGAAAUGACCUUCUGUAUGGCUGCUACAACUUUUGACAAUUUUAAUACUGUUCAUGUUCGUUCCUUGUUGGCACUUUACCGAAAUCUAACAGGAGAUGCAAUUGAUUGCAGAAGAUUUGGAAGCCACUGGGAAAUAAUUGGCUUUCAAGGUAAUGAUCCAUCAACUGAUCUAAGAGGUGUUGGGAUUUUUGGUGUUCUGCAAUUGCUUUAUUUCACUUCAAAACCUGAACUAGAAACCUUGAAAAAGCAAAUCUAUAAACUUUCUCAACACAAGACACAGAAUUUUCCGUUUUGUGUGAUGGGCUUGAACCUCUCCAAGCUUGUUUUACAGAGCCUGAGAGAAGACAAACUAAACAGGUUGUGUAACAAACGAGAAGAUUUGGUCUCUAUUGUCAAUGACGCAUUUGUUGCCAGUUACUACAAAGUUUACCAUAUUUGGAAAAACCAAAAUAAGACCAUUGUGGAUUCAGGUUUUGUCCUCAAAGAUGUGGAAAACCAACUUCGUAAAUCUCCACAGAAUUUAAUCAAAGAUCUUGAAGAAUUCCUCAAGAAUCCAAAUGCUGCUGCUCCAAAGAAGAAAUUAUCAAAGUCUUCAAAUGCUGCUGACCAAAUGGAUGAUUUUGUUGGCAUCGCUGACAUUUUGCACAGAUAA